AUGGCUGAGAUCACAGGGGUCGAUUCACUCCGAAAGCGCUUGGUCUCGUUUGGAUACACAAAGACCAUGCAGGCUUUGGAAGCGAUGGAAGGGAAUGGUCUUGUGAAUCCGGCCAAGCCACUGAUUUUGGAGGAAUUUGCGGCUGCUUUGUGUCGUAUUCACGUUGUCGAGCCUGACGAGCACCGAGCCAUCUUCGAUAAUGUGCGAGACAGCGGAGACCCCGUCAGCAAGGCUUCCCUGUACGACUUGGUGGCCGCGCUCGGAAGUGUCGGUCCUUCCUUGCUCAUGGAGGACAUUGCAGACCGGGCCCGGCUCAAGUUCGGAAGCAGUGAUGCAGUCUGGGAAGGUCUCGGGCCGGGAAGCUCGAGCAAGGAAAACAUUGAGCUGAAGGUUUUCGAGCGAAAGCUCAUUGACCGGCUAGGCUUGUCCAAGAUUGCCGCACAGAAGGCGUGUCGGAUUUUGGAUGUGGAUGACGGUGGGGAUCUUUCACGAUCCGAGCUCAUCUCCGCGCUGGCACUGUCCAGACCAACUCUGCACAUGGAGGACUUUCGGCGAAAGGUUCAGCAGCGCUAUCGCAGCAUCGAGGCGAUCUUCCGCGAAUCCUUUGAGCAUCUGGAAAACGAGGAGCUCAACAACGAUGACGAUAUGCGGUUGACCUGCCCUGAGUUUGCAGAGAUCUUGGAGGAGCUGGACUUCAGCAGGCGGGAGACCAGUUAUUUGUUUUGGUUGGCCGAUGCAAGCGGGACGACCAAGCUCACUCUGUACGAGUUCUUCCGCGGGGUGAAGCUGUUUGUGCCAAGCUGCGUGGUCGAGGGCAUCCGCCUGCAGGCUCUUGUCCAUCAUCGGCGAAUUGCUGACCUAUUCCGCAAUUCUGGAGUUGCGUGGGACCGGCGCUUGAACUGUCAGGCUUUUGCGCAAUUGCUGCUCAAGCUGGACGUGAAGUGCGAGGACCCUCAGGUCAUCUUUGACUUUUUCGACGUCCGCAGCUGUGGCAACAUCUGCAUCAGUGAGGUCGUCUCCUGCCUGCAGAACCUCACGCCGGGCGUGAAGGAACGCACUACAUCGCAAGAGUCCGACAAGCGGGUGGAGAAGGAGAUUCGCGCAACAUUGGCACCGAUGCACAAGACGGUCAACGAGUUGAAGUCGACCAUGAAGCGGGACGUGCAUGAGGAUGUUGGGAGGAGAGUGUCCGUGUCGGUCAGCCCCAGGCCGGAGAAGCCCCUUGGGCCGGAUCAUGCCGAAGCACACGGUCCCUUGUCAGUCCAGGGACCGAAAGCAUGCAACUUCCCAGCCGUGGUCCUCAAUGAAACUUUCCAGAGGAUGGCCGGUGCACCUGAGGGACGCAAGAAGAACCCGAGCGUCACGGACUACUGUGGCAAGAAGACGGUGGAUGGGCUGUGUGGAUACCUGAAAUCCUCCAACGAUCUCUUGGAGGCUCACAGGCAAGUUCUGUCUCAUCACUACAGCAGGACGGAUUGGCACAAGAAGCAAGAGAGCAUCAAGGCCGUGCUGAAUCGCCGCAUUUGCAGGGGAGAUGACAUGCUGAAUGCAAAUGAACUCGUCUGGCUCGCAGCCUCGGGCUUGCAGAAGUUUAAAGCCGAACAGAUCGAUUCUGGCACGAGUAGGGUCAGAAUGCCCAAGAAUGGAGAGAAGAAGAAGGACCUGAUGUCGACACAGGUGCUGUUGGCUGCAUCGGGUCUGGCAGAAUUCUACAAGUACUUCGACCAGGCGGGCCACUCCAUGUUCGACGCCAUGACAAAGAUCAGCGACCUGAAGGUGGAGCAGAUCCUGCUGGAAGUCGAGGCGCGCUGUGGCGUCACCUUCAACUCCGCGGUGCGCAUCAGGCUUUGGAAGGCGCUUCGAUACCAGUGGUUCCGCGGGCCAGGCAAGGGCAUGAAGUUCGUAGAACGGACGGAUGUGCCACAGCUGCACUUGCCUCCGUUGGAGUGGCAAGAGCAGGAUAGCAAAUUCAGGUUUGCCGAUCUGGAGUCAGACAGACAGAGACAGAUCGUUCGAAAGAUCAAACAACUGGCGCCUGGCGAGACUGGCCAAUCGCUUCAAACCUUCCAAUUCGAAGUCUACACGCGCACACCCGACCUAAUCUACGAGUACAGAGACUUGGAGCGCUGCGUCCAGGAAUGGGAACGGCGAAAUCCACGCUCGAUGAUUCAGGAGGACAUGCGGGAAGAAGUGAUGCGAAUGCGACUCAAGAGUUGUAUCGACUCUGCGAAUGCCAGCAUCGCGGUAAGAAAGGCACGAGCGCAGAAGUUGAAAAGCUACGCGUCAACCUUGUUGCUGAUCCAGCUUGUCAUGUUCUCGCUCUGUGUUGCAAUGCUGCUGACGGCCUUCGCGUCACUGAACAACACGCCACCUCAGAUUCUUCUCACUUUUUUUCUAUCCAGCAAGCAGUUUCUGUCCUCCAUGGUCUUCUUCACCGCAUCGGUUGUGGCCAAUGUCGUGUCGGAGCGAGCACGGGGAGAUCCCCUGAUUCGUGAGCUCAGAAAAACAGUCUUAAGCUGCGAACGUCUCAUAGAGCGAAUCAGUGAUUUUAGGAUCGCCACAGAGGAGCUCAGGUUGCAGAAGAAUGAGGCUGGAAAGAAGGGCGUUCCUGUUGGCCUCAACCUGAACGUUUCUACAGAGGGCGGAGGGAAGAACGACGAGGAGGAUGGUGACGAUCCAAACCAGGUGAGGCAGCGAGCGGGGAAAAGGGGAAAGCAGAGGAAGAAGCAGCCUAAGGAUGAAGCGCUGCAGCUUUGGGCGCCGGACGCCGGCAAACUGGACAGUCAAGAGCUUCAGAUGAUGCAGAAACAGCUUGCCCAGAGCUUCAAGAGACUGGAUGCUCCGCCAGAGGACUUUCAGCGGCCCGGUGGCGAUCGCAUGCGUACGUUCCAUCAAAAGCUCGGCGGCGUGUCGGAAGACGACCUGUGCGUGCAGAUCACUAGCAAACAGCAAAAGAAGCGUCAGGCCUACGUGGAGCAGUUGAAGGAACAAGCGCUGGCGAAGCUUCCGAAGAACCCCCCUCCACCUUCCUUGACCAUGCAAUCCGUGGCGCAGGAUGACCGCCGGCAAACACGCAGAGCUCAGGGAUCCCAGGGAGCCCAAGGAUCUCAGGCGCAAACCAUCGGGCGACAGCUCACCGAUCGGCCUUGA